GUCUCUGCCGCGGCUGUGGACUGGUCGCACCGUCUCUAUGUCGCCACCGACCGACGCCGCCGCCGCCGCCGUCAUCGCGUACUUGUGACUUGUGUGUAACGUGAAAUUUCGUGCAAGUCCGAAUCGUCCACGACACGCACACACACACACACACACACACACACUCGUCCGCUAUAGUACACUACUACUACUAUUAUACACACACACACACACAUAUUCUCAGACGCUACGCCGCUCCGACUUCGAUUUAUUUUUUACGCGCACGGCGUUUCCGACCGGCGGCGGUGUAGUCUCUUUUUGCGCGUGUGUCGGUGGUCCGUCGUCGCCGUUUUGCUUCAACUCGCAACCGAAAUCGUAACCGACGACCGUCGUCAUCACGACUGUUAUGCGUUCGGUUUCCGUCCGACAAAACCGACGGGAUCGCCGCAGCGCAGGUCGGCAGACGCCGCUCUGCUAAAAACCCGACGAACAACCACCACCACCACCACCACCACCGCCAUCAUCACCCGCUCGGCGAUUCGGUCGUUUUGCAUCUAACACGUCCUAACUAUAUUUCAUACAUAUCGUUCACCUCGCCGCCACCGUCACGACAGUACAACACUACCAUCACGAGACUCCACCGGACUACUUAAUAUCGUCAAUUUAUCAUUAUUGUAGAGUACCACCACCCACCACGCCACCACAACUGUGCUAAUAUUACCGUUAUUGACAGAAUCUGUGCAAAUUUCGAUUCUACGGCUCACUCGUCGACGAUAACCACCCGACUACCUGGUUAUUGAACCAAAUUUCACCACUUAACACCAACAGCGGCGGCAUUCCACGUAAAACGCGACGUCAGCAGCUUUACACACUCAGUUCCGUCUUCCACGUGAGCAGAAAACAUGGCCGAAGAUCGCGAGUCCAGUGAUCGGAAACAUGAAAAAUCAAAGAAGCGUGAUAGGGAACAUGAAAAAAAUGGUGUUAAGAAAGAAAUUAAACGAGAAUACAAAGAUGAGCCCUAUGAUUCAGGUUAUCAUUCCCAGAUUAAAAGAGAUUACAAAUUAAAUCAUAGUAUUAAGAAUGAAAAUUUCUCUGAUGAUGGGGACUUUAAUAUGUCCAGCCACAAGAGGAAACAAAGUGAUGAUGAUUUUUCUAUAAAGGAAGAAGUAGCGUCUGAUGAUGACAUACCUUUAUCAAAUAGAAAACGCAAACAUUCUGGCAGUAGUGAAGAUGACGUUCCUCUGAGCGCUCGAACAAAGCAUAUUAAAAAAGAACACAACAGCAGUCAUAAAAAACAUAAAAAAGAUAAGGAACAUAAGAGCAAACAUAAAGAAAAGGAUAGAAAUCAUUCAUCUAGAGAUUCUAAGCAUAAGGUAAAAAAAGAAAAUAAUACAUCUCAAAAAGAAAGUCCUGUUAAAGGUACCCCAAAGAAAAAGAAGGAAGAAGAACCGCAAGAAGUAUGGAAAUGGUGGGAAGAAGAGAAAAAAGACGAUGGUGUUAAAUGGAAGUUUUUGGAACAUAAAGGGCCUGUAUUUGCUCCAGCGUAUGAACCUUUACCGAGUAAUGUUAAAUUCUAUUACAAUGGUAAGCAAGUAGUUCUUUCAGAGUUGGCUGAAGAAGUAGCGACAUUCUAUGCUAAAAUGCUUGAACACGAUUAUACAACAAAAGAAGUAUUUAAUAAAAACUUUCUCAAAGACUGGCGCAAAACUAUGACACCCAAAGAAAAAGAGUUAAUAACUGAUCUUUCAUUAUGUAACUUUAAAGAGAUGAAUGUAUAUUUUACUAAAAAAUCAGAGGAACGUAAAGCUAUGAGUAAAGAGGAAAAAAAGAAAAUAAAAGAAGAAAACGAAGCAUUGCAAAAAGAGUAUGGGUUUUGUACUAUUGAUGGUCAUAAAGAAAAGAUUGGUAAUUUCAAAAUAGAACCUCCUGGUUUAUUUAGAGGACGAGGUGAACAUCCUAAGAUGGGUAUGUUAAAAAAACGAGUAGUACCCGAAGAUGUCUUAAUUAAUUGUAGUAAAGAUUCCAAUAUACCUAAACCCCCUCCUGGUCACAAAUGGAAAGAAGUCAGACAUGACUUUGGUGUCACAUGGCUUGCUAGCUGGAUAGAAAACGUUCAAGGUCAAGUUAAAUAUGUUAUGUUAAAUCCAUCUUCUAAACUUAAGGGUGAAAAAGAUUGGCAAAAGUAUGAGACUGCUAGAAGAUUGGCAAAAUCAAUUGAUAAGAUAAGAGAAAACUAUAUUAAUGACUGGAAAUCUCGUGAAAUGCAUGUAAGACAAAGGUCAGUUGCUUUGUAUUUCAUUGAUAAAUUGGCAUUGAGAGCAGGAAAUGAAAAAGAUGAAGACCAAGCUGAUACUGUUGGUUGUUGCUCUUUACGUGUGGAACACAUACAAUUACAUGAAGAAUUUAAUGACAAAGAAUAUGUAGUUGUAUUUGAUUUCCUUGGUAAAGAUUCCAUUAGAUAUUACAACGAAGUACCUGUAGAAAAAAGAGUUUUCAAAAACUUGAAGAUAUUUAUGGAAAAUAAAAAAGGUAGUGAUGAUUUAUUUGAUCGUUUGAACACAUCAAUAUUGAAUCAACACUUGCAUGAACUUAUGGAUGGACUUACUGCAAAAGUUUUCCGUACAUUCAAUGCUUCAUGGACCCUUCAACAACAACUAGAAAAAUUAACUGAUCCAGAUGUGUCUGUUGCGGAGAAAAUCUUACAAUAUAAUCGAGCGAAUCGUGCAGUUGCUAUUUUGUGUAACCAUCAACGUGCUAUACCAAAAACACACGAAAAGUCAAUGGGAAACCUUAAGGAAAAAAUUCAAACUAAAAGAGCGGCUGUAAAAGAAGCUAAGGAACAAUAUAAACAAGCCAAACGAGAUGUGAAAGACGGCAGUGUGCAUUCCAAGACUCAGUUAGAAAAGAGGAAAAAAGCUUUAGAACGAUUAAAAGAACAAUUGACUAAAUUAGAAGUUCAAGAAACUGACAAGGAAGAAAACAAGACAAUUGCUUUGGGUACGUCCAAAUUGAAUUAUUUAGAUCCGCGUAUAUCAGUAGCUUGGUGCAAAAAGUUCAACGUUCCUAUUGAGAAGAUAUACAAUAAAACGCAAAGAGACAAGUUUAGAUGGGCCAUUGACAUGGCUGGACCAGAGUAUGUAUUUUAAAAUUUGAAUGAAACGAAAUAACCUAAAUUCAAUAUCAGAGAUUUAUAACCAAUUUUACAUUGUUUGUCCUCCUUUUUUUACUUAAUUUACCUGGCCGAACAGUGUUUUUACAAUAAUUAUUGGUACAAAUUGACUCUUAUUCAUGGUACCAUCAUUGAAAAACAUUAAAAAUGUAAUAAAUGAAAAAACCUUCAUAUUGUAUUAGUUUACAAUUAUUCAUAGAUUUUAUUUUCUUUUUGUAUUGUAGUGUCCAUCUCAUAACCAAAAUAUAUAAGUUUGUAAGCAUGUUUAUUGUAUGCUAGACCUUAAUUUUUUUUUUACCCUUUACCACUGUUUGUAAAUUGUGAUAAUGCUCUCAUAAUAUGAUUAAUAGUAUUUUGUAUAAAAUAGAAAACAGAUUAAAACUUAUUUUGAUGUACUUUCAAGCAACGGUGACUUUUUAAUUUUAAUUUUUUUAGUAAUGUAUUACAGCAACAUCUAUUGUUUUACUUAUAAAUAAUGCCCAUAAAAAGGUGGUUCUUCCAGCAAAUAAUAUUAUUAAAUUAGUUGUAAUUUCAUGAUGUAUGUAUAAAUGUCAGUCGUAAUAUUUUUUAUUGUAAUACAAAAUUUGUACAGAAUUAUAUUGAAUUUUAAAUUAAAAGCUUAACAAAUUUAAAUGUUAUUAUAAUUUUCAUAUUUUUUUUUAAACCGAUUAAAUAAAAUGUUAUGAUUGAAAAAAUAUUAUAACUUAUAUAAUGUAAUAAAAAAGAAGUAGGUACCUACACACUUGUUUAUAUUAUGUAUGGUUUCAAAUGUAAUGGUUUCAAUUUAAAUAAAAUAUUUCAUUCAA